AUCACUCCGAGUAUGGAGGAACACCCGUGUUGUGUUAGUAUGUUGUCUUGACCUCGAUCAUCCAGACAAUAUAAUGAGAGGAUCUGAUGAGUAAGCUGCAAAUUUCUACUCGCUACGCUUCGGAGGGUCUGUGUUCCCGUGGGUGUUGAUGCAGCUAGAUUCGCAUUCUUCCAGUCCGAUUGUACAUGGAGUUUUCCACAAGAUUCACCUGCAGAGCUUUUAGCUUGUCCACUGAGUUGGGUCACCAGUGCUAAUCAAACAGCUCUCUCCAUUAAACUUCACAAAAGCACUGAGUGCGAGCAGCGUCUUACUUCUAGUUUGCACAAUAUCCCUACUUUCGUGGUGAUUGCUCCUGAUCCGAAUCCUUGCAGAGGUCGCAAGAAGUGUCAUGCCCAGCAGGCACAAGUUUUGACACUGCGACGGAAAGUUAAUUCUCUUCGGGUGAGCCGAUCCUUCGGAUUGAGGAGGGGCUUCUGAAGCCCAGGUGACAUUUCGCUCGCGCAUGCCAAGCAGCAAACGUUUCUUAAUCUCUGAGAGAGGAGGAGAGAAAGGAAGGUGCAGGUGCGUCCAUCUUCAGUCACGCUGCUGAACUGGCGACACGGGAAAUGGACUCCGCACACGAGGAACCGGAGCUUCCCUCCGCCAUCCAGGACCUUGUACAGCGUCUGGAAGGACAAGGCGAGCCUAUAACGGAGCUUCCCAAUUUAAAAGGGCAAGAAUUUCGGGAGUUCUUUCCCUAUCGUGAAUCACUGUCGACAAUCAUAGGGUGGCGAAGCCAAGUGCGUCUUCGAGUGCUGGAGGCAAUCGGCAGCUGCAACACCUUUGAGAUUCUGGACGUGGGCAAUAUUUGUGAGGGAGAUAUAUCGAGGUUGACGCCAAGCGAGUGGGAGGUAGUUCUCAGAGGUUUCAGGUCGAGCACCGUUCUAGAAAAGAUAAUCGUUUAUGGGAAAUACCUUGUGAAUAAUGAAAGCUUGUGUUUCCAGCUGGGGAGAAUUCUGAAUUCCUCUAGCGUAACAGAGUUAAAACUGGUUGGGAGAUUGAGUGCCAGAUGUCUCUCGAAUCUCGCCUCAGGUCUGCGAGGACGUUCCGAUUCUAAACUCAAGUCUUUAGAUUUUUUGGUAUCGUGGGAGGACUCGAGUGCGGUGAAGAGUGGGGUGAAGUAUGUGGCUGACAUGAUCAAUAGUGCUCCUCUAUUAGAAACGUUGCGUUUAGGCGGACGUUUAGGCGGACGUUGGGAGUACAUGGAGGACGAGACCGUUGGAAUCCUGUCCCAGGCUUUGAUCCAGAGCUUGGCUUUGAAAGAAUUUACCUUAGACGACGCGGGGAAGUGGGCAGGGCGCUUGUUGCUGAAAGCAUUGGCCGGAGACGAUCGCAACCGAUCCAUUGAACGUCUUCGGCUGAGGAACAUGAAGGGACUCGGAGACUGGUUAAGGGAACUUCUUAUUUCCAACCCAUCAUUGAAGGAAGUGGAGCUCCACCCACUUCUCAUGGAGCCUGAGCAAGCGCACCAGCUCGGCGAAGCCAUACGUGACAAUGCCAUAGCGACUACUAUACUUGUUAGGUUUGGAUCCAAGUUUGAUGAAUACUGGGAGUCAGUGGAAGCUCUUGCUCGUUCUGCUAGGUCCGAAGUCAACGACCCCACUCUGGAGAUUACAGUCCAUGUUCAUAGUGAAGAUGAAGUGAUGUUAUCAUUAAACCUAUUAGGUAGGGUACUGCGCGGGGAAAUCACAUCUAUGAAAUCUCUGAGUAUAUUACAUUACCAAGAUAGACCAGAAAGUAUCUUGUCUAUAAAUGGAAAAGCUGGAGAAACUUGCGUCCUGAAGAGACUCCGAUUAAGACGUCUAAGCGAAGAUGUUUGGAAGGGAGUAUGGAAGGACCUGCUUUUGUGACUGCGAGGGAACACAAGUCUCACUCACUUGGAUUUGAGUAAGACCUGGCUGGACGAAGAGACGUUCAGGGACAUGAUGGGGCUACUCCAAGUGAACUUGAGUCUGCAGGAAAUAAAUGUCUCGAGAACCUCAUGGGCUACAGACGGAAAGGCGGCGCUGAUUCAAGAGGCACUCAAGCAGAACGAGAAGCGGGCCGCCUACAUGUCCGUAUUUAGAGAAGCCGGAUUAGCAUUUGGAGAUGCAAAAGCCGGUCGACUCUUUCUAUGCGGCUCUCCUCUAGCAGGCAAGACUCAAUUGCGUCAAACCUUGAUGAGGAUAGUUGAAGGCAAAAGUUGGCUUGGAAACAAAUGGAACAAGUUGUUUAGAACUAAAGGUAUCGAAGUGGAGUACUUGCAAAACAACGAUAAAAGGCAAAUUUCAAUCUGGGAUCUUGCGGGGCAAGAGAUUUUUCGUACCCUUCAAACUGUGCUCUUUCCUCAAUCCAACAAUUUUUGUGUAUUUUUAUUUGUGUAUAGCUCUUUUUGUGAGAACUCAUCUUCUAAGAAAAAAGACUCUUGUUUUCGGACAGAGUUGGAGGAAUGGAUGAGUUUUAUCACAUCCAGCUCUAGGGUCACGGGACAUAAUCGUCCGCAAGUUCUUGUUGUGAUUUCACACAAGGACAAAAUCAAAUCCAGCUCUUUGACUUGGGCUCACUCAAUAGUGAAAGAUGUCAACCAAAGAUUUGCAAAAUUUGUGGAUCUUCAUCCAAUUCAAGAGUGUUUUCAUGUGGAUGCAAGAAAAAAGAAGCAAGUUAUAGAUCUCAAAGAUUAUAUUUUUGAGAUUUUUGACAAGUUGUUGAGUGAAAAAUCCCCACGGGUUCCCCAAUUGUGUUCCCAAAUCUCUUUCCGCUUGGUUAAAAAAAUCAAGGAGAACAGAAGUUGCCCUAUUUGGUUAGGUCAAAAUUUUAUUGAAUUUUGUGAUCCCAUCUUAACAGAGUUCAUUUCAUCCUCUUCAGCUUUUGCCAAUGAUCAUUCAAGGAUACUAAAUUCGAUAGUUUCUUAUUUGAAUGACGCUGGGUCCAUAGUUUAUAUUCCAACCCUUAGUUACAUCAUUGUAGAUCCAAACUGGCUCACUAAUACAUUAUUGGGUGAGCUGGUAGCUCUAGGUCAAAAAUUUCAUGCUCAAGAGCACGAAAGUAAGUCGCAUUCCUCAUACUCCAGCAAGGACGGAUUUGUGAGCGAGAGUGUCUUUGUUGGAUUGAUAGAGGAGUUUCUGGGAAAGCUACCGCAUGGACAGAAAGGUGUGGACAGAGAUGUGAUUGAGAACAUCCUUAUCCAUUUAGAUUUGUGUUUCAAGGUGGAAGAUACUUCUCAGUUUUAUUUCAUUCCCUCCUUCAUACCUGAGCAUGCAAGUGCUGAAGAACAGAUACCUCAAGAAUUGGCGGACGUGAAGCCGAAGGCUUGGAAACGUAGGGUUGAGACUUCAAAGUUUGUCGGCAUCCGGAUUCAAUGCCAAGAUGGAAAAACAAUGUCACUGACCGCUGCUUUUUUUCCACGCUUUGAGAUGUUCAUGAGACGCAAGUUGAUAUGCGAGAUGCAUAUUUCCAAGGAGACUGUGACCUGCUCUCGUCAUUAUAUGGAACUUUACCUGGAUGGGCACGAGAUAUAUCUGGAGCAAGAAACGUCCCGCAAUUACUUGGAUGUUUUGAUGUUAUGCUCGGAUCAUAAAUCAAGGGAGGUGGCGAUUAAAUACGUGAUGAAGCAUAUCGUCCAGGAGUUUAUAUCAUUUUGCGCAUCAUCGAAAGGUUGUCCGGGGGUGGCGUUAGUGCUCGGUCUGAUCCAAACACGUUGCGUGGAGAAGCUGAUUCCGAUUCAUCUCAGAAGAGCAAUUCUAAUCGAGGAGCUCAAAUCCAACUUCAUUUGUUACAUCAAUGACAAACUUGAGAGUAAUCAGUCGGAUAGGUUUCAUUUGGUGAAGGAGGAAGAGUUGUUCAGCUAUGAGCACCCUUGGCCCCCGAUUCAAGGGCACAUAACAGAGGUUAUACAAGAAAGAGCGAGGCAGUUGCUGUGGGAGAGCGAUGUGGAAGAGAUUGUGAAUGAGACCAGACAGAAGCAAAUGCAACCAUUGGAGUCAUUUCAGCAAGACCUUAGCCAACAAUUGGGGUCAUUGCAGCAAGGUUUAAACGAAGUGAACAAAGAUUUGAUUCAUUCUUACCCUGAAAAUGAGAACAUGGUUCCUAUGAAAGACUCCAAUCGACCUUCAUCCAGUUGGGCGAGCACAAGUGAAUAUCCUGAAAUCCAACAUGCUUUGGAUGAUAUCCAACAUGCUUUGGGAAGGAUUGAAAGAAAGGUUGAUGGUGUUGAUGAAAGGAUAAGAUUAGGUCUGCAGGGAUUGCAGACGAAGAUGGAAGAGAUACUCUCUCUGCAGCAACAACUGCAGUCAACUAUGAGUGAUUUUGUGUCUAAAGUAGAUAGGAUUAUCGGGUAUACUCAAUCGUUUCAGCAGACCAGAACCCCCAAGCGACCUUACAUUAGGUUAGAUGUUAACAUUUUGUAUAGGAUAAGUGCACAUUUGCAUGCCGGGAGAACCGUUAGAUUACACUUGAUGUGUGAGUCGGUGACUGAAAUUCACAUGGUCAAAGAUCAAGAAGGUUUGAAGAUACGCGUGGAUCUGGAUAAUCGUGAGUGGAUUAGCAAAACCAUUGAAAUUUCAUACAAAGUCUUGUAUUAUACUGCAAAGGCUGGACUGAGUAUGAAGUUUGGGUUGGGCCAAGCGAUUCCGGACUGGGCAGAUUUAAAAUCUGAUAUUGUUAAACUAGAUGGCAUUAGCGAUGGUGAUCGUAGUGCAGUUGUAAAAGCUGGGGAAAGCAAGGAGCUGACACAAGCAUGGUUGAGGAUUCAGAAACUUCUUGGGGAUAUUAACUAUGCGAAAAUCUUCAAGUUGUAUCAGGUGAAAUACGAGGGAGUAGAAUCAGGUGGGCAUGCAUGGGUGUGCGAGGAGUGCAUGAAAGAAGGUAUUAGAACUGGGAUUUUGUCGGGAAAUUGAAGAGGUUAGAAUGUCAUGAUGCAAAUGACAAGCAUAUGUUAAGACACUCAUGCAAUAUGAUCCUCUGCAAAAUCUUCCUUCAGAG